UCUGUGUGCGGAACGCCUCUAGGCUGGACAUCUGUUGUUUGCUUUGAGUAGGCCUAUGUGUGUGUGUGUUUGGGGGCUCAUGCAUUGAAUAGAGGCGGUGACCUGUCAUUUGUGAGUGAUGGGAGCGAGCGUGUGGGAAAAUAUCUCAGGCAAAGAGCUUGUGCAUUGAGAUGCUAAUGUCCCUCCUAUAAAUAAAGGGCAUGCGCAGCGCGGAGGGCCUUAGAAACACCCAACACUGAGACAGGAGUGAGUGAAACUCAGUCUAUACUGCACAGAAGCCACUGGAGAUGACUGCUGCUAACCUCCAACAGAAUGCAGGCCAAAGGCACAUCAGCGCCAAAGAGGAGAGAAAGCUAAGGAAACCCCUCAUUGAGAGAAAGAGAAGGGAAAGAAUAAAUCACUGUCUAGAUCAGCUGAGAGAGACGGUAGUUGGUGCUUUUAGGCUUGAUCAGUCUAAGUUAGAGAAGGCUGAUAUUCUUGAGAUGACGGUGAAACAUUUGCAGAACAUCCAGAGCAAUAGAGAUUCUGACCCUGUCUUGGAUGCAGAGGCCCAACAGAGGUACAGUACUGGGUAUAUCCAGUGCAUGCAGGAAGUUCACAACCUGCUACUUUCCUGCGACUGGAUGGAUAAAACCGUGGGGUCCCGCCUGCUCAACCACUUGCUCAAAUCUCUACCUCGAUCAGCUAAGGACUGCUCUCAGCUCCCCAAGAACUCCCUGACAAGUGUUUCUUCCAAGCAAAGUGAUGAGCUGGAGAGUCCAAAAACCUGCCCUCCUUCUCCUGCCUUGUACGAGAGAGCCACCCAGUCUCAGAAUCAGUGUUCUACUCCUGUGAGAAUGCCACAUGAUCUCUCAGUUCUAGAGAUGUGGAGGCCCUGGUGAAAUACCUGUCAUUUUAACAGUGGUGUUUGCAUAUAUAUGUUUAUGUAGUGCAUAUGACUUACUUGGACAAUUGUAUGUACCGCUUUGUACAUAUGUCUACCAAGAAUGUAUAUGUGUGAUGUAUACUGCCAGUCUAUGUUUUCACACACAGUGCAGUGCUGUAUACAGACAGUAUUUGCUGACUGUGGUAGACCCUCCUCUAAUAUGUAUCUUAUAGAUAUGUUUCACUGCACGCAUGUGUGUGAGGUGGAUCUAGUCCAGAAUAGCUCCCAUUUCAGACUCUCUCUACUUCCUCUCUGAAGUAAAGCUACUGUAGCCUGCAUUGUAGAAGGCCCCUAUUAAUAAUUUUAUUUAUUUAAUUAACACUAUAUAUUUAAUGAACAAAAUUUCAGUGUUAGAAUCCUUUUUAAAUUAAAUGCAUUCUUUAUCUACUAAUACUGGGUAGCAUUUGAUUCCCUAUCACUUCUAUGUACAGUUUUUAACAAUUAUUAAUAAAGGAGUGGUU